CCACGGGGCGGGGAUGGUGGUGGUGGAGCGGGAGGAUGUGCGCCUGCGCAGUUUGAGAAGCGGCCGCGAGCCCGAGCCUUUUCUGUAGUGUUCCUUCUUCCCCGCCCCCACCCCGUUAUUAUUCUCUGGCGGAGGCGGGAGACUGGUAGCCGCUUUUCUCCGUCUUCCUCGCGUGUCUCUACUCCUUCCCCUUCCCUCUGCCCCCCUCCCAGUCCAGUCCGGCCUGAGACAUGGGCGAGGAGGUUCUAGUGGAGACAGGAGAUGUGACGGGCGACGGCGCGUGGUUCCUCGUGUUGAGCUCCGUGUUCUUGUGUAACCUCCUCAAAAUCCUCCUGCCCUCUUGCUCCUCCAUUAUAUCCAGAUUGCUACAAAAGGAUGCUGAGCAGGAAUCACAAAUGAGAUCUGAAAUUCAGAACAUGAAGCAAGAACUUUCUACCAUUAGUAUGAUGGAUGAAUUUGCUAGAUAUGCCCGACUGGAAAGGAAGAUUAACAAAAUGACUGAUAAACUUAAGACUCAUGUGAAAACGCGAACAGCUCAACUAGCCAAAAUAAAGUGGGUAAUAAAUAUUGUAUUCUACAUUUUGCAGGCUGCCUUAAUGAUCUCACUAAUCUGGAAGUAUUACUCUGAACCAGUUACUGUGCUUCCAAGCAAAUGGCUAGCUCCACUAGAACGUUUAGUAGCUUUUCCAACAGGAGUGGCAGGUGGUGUUGGCAUUACUUGUUGGUUGGUGGUUUGUAACAAAGUUGUGGCCAUUAUGCUUCACCCUUUCAGCUGAGAAGGAAUCCUAGUUUCAGCAGACUUCUCAGUUUCUUGUGAAAUACAGCAUCCAUACAUUGUACCAUCUGGAAUGUACAUGCCUAUGAAAAGCAGGCAGGGUUUGGGAUUGAGUAAUAAAGCAUCAAUAAAUCUUAUUGUAACAUUCUGUUAAUAUUUUAAUGUAUUGUAUUGUGUAAAUUUCCUUUUCAGUUUGUAACCUGCAGUGCUGGGCAUAAGUUCUAUUUAAAUUGAUAGUUGAUCAAUCCUAACCAUGGCUACUCAGAGUAAGUCCCAUUGAAAUCAGUGGGUCUUAAUUCCAGGUAAGUGAGGUUAGGGUUGCAGCCUACAUGCAUGUAAUGGUUUUAAAGCCAAGUAGACAUUUUAAAAGUGAAAGGAAAAUAGGUUUUUAAAAUAAUGUGGUUUCUUGUAACUUUGUCCACAUUUGUUUCUCUAUUGUAAUUUCAGUGUUGUCAAAUAUGUUAUGAUUUAGUGUUCUACUCCACUACCACAGUACAAAGACAUAAUAUACCAUAGUUCACUAAACUAGGAACAAGUGUCAAGUCCACAUUCUACCAACUUAGCACUUCAAUCAUGGGAACUACAGGUCCCUAUUACAUCAGGCUAAGAUCUAAAAUGAGGAUCAGUUUAUGGUUUCAGAUUCCGGUUAGUAAGUUAUUAUGAAAUCACAGGUCUCCUAAAGGCAGUGUAUGAGGAGACGGGGAGCAUACCGGUCCAACAUUUUUUAUGGCCAGGAACUUUCCAGCUAAUCUAGCCUGUAUUCUAUUUUUGACUGUAUCUGCCUGAUAUCAGUUCCUUCCUUCUCUUCUGAUUCUUCUUUAAGAUGAUUUUGAUUAGUGUCAAAAUAUUACUGGAAGGGUGUUUGCCUUAUGCAACAGUGGCUCUUUCACCCCCUCUUGGCCACAUGCUGUGUUUUUGCUUAGAGAAUUCAGCAUGAUGCAUAUUUUAUUCUAGCCACUUGUGUGUAAGAAAUAGGAGGAGAUGUGAGAAGUUACAUGUUAGAUAAAAUUUCCAAACAAUCAUUGACACAAAUAAACUUGCUGGAUAGGUUUGUACUAAAUCUGUACCCAUUUGAUGACUGGAAGCUUUUAGGUUCCCAUGUAGGGAAUAAUAUAGUUCUUAACUUCAUCUACUGCCCAGGUGAUCUGCCGGCUCUCUGCAGCACAUGUUCCUCUCCCACUCAUAUUGAGCCCAUGGCUGCUGCUUUAACAGAAUACUGUACAACUGAAGUGGUGCUGGUGUGCAGCUUCCCUGAUCCUAAGUGCUCUACCGUAGGUACAUCAUGGCAGUAAGAUCGAUCUCCUAUUUGUUAGGGACAUGCAGUGAUACAUUGUUGCAGUUGUGUGUGUUUAAUCAUACUGGAUCAUGUUGCAUAUACUGUAUUGACAAUUAUGUUCAAUAUUUUGUGUUCUAAGAAGGAAAAUAAAAGAGAACAAAGUUGUGGGUAGCACAAUAUUUAAU